AUGUCGAGCUCUUCCCAUGGAUUUCCCCCGCGAAAACUUCCUGCUAGCCAAAGCGGUUUAAGAGCAGGAGCAAACAGCCAAGAUGGUCAAAAGUACAUUCUCGUCACAGGAUCCAAUAAGGGCAUUGGCAGGGCAAUUUGCCAAAAGCUUUUGGAAGAACACGACGACGUCUCGGUGUUUCUGUGCAGUCGCGAUGUGCAACGAGGUCAAGAUGCCGUCAAGGAUAUUGAAAAGCAAGUGGCAAAAGGCAAAGGUCGACUGACCAUGAUUCCACUGGACACUGGAUCGGACGAAUCGGUCCAAGAAGCUGUGGGAAUUGUAAAACAAUACACGGAUUCUCUCUAUGGCAUUGUCAACAAUGCUGGAGUUUUACUGCGCGGCAAAGUUCAAGAAUCCAACAAUGUCAAUUACUUUGGUCCCCGUCGGGUCAAUGACGCGUUUUUAAGCAUGAUCCCCAAAGGAGGAAGAAUUGUCAACAUUGCGUCGGCUUCGGGGCCCAUUUUCGUGUCGGGCUGUCCCGAUCCGGCACUGUGCCAAAAAUUAUCGCAGCCAUGGACAAUCCAAGGAGGCCUGGACGAGUUGGACGAGAUUGCAAGCGAACCCACGCAUUGUCGAAAUGGUGAUUCCUAUGGAUUCAGCAAAGCAUUGGUCAGUGCCUACACUUGGUUACUGGCCAAGGAUCAUCCAGAUUUGGUUAUCAAUGCUGUCACUCCAGGAUACAUCAAUACGGACAUGACGCAAGGCAUGGGGGCGUCAAAUCCGCCCUCCAAAGGAGCGGUUCCACCCGUGUGGUUGCUCAUGUCCCAAGACCUAGAGUCUGUUCCCACGGGUCGAUAUUAUGGCAGCGACUGUAAAAGAUCACCCCUGGAUUGCUACCGAGGUCCAGGUGAUCCCGUCUAUGAAGGACCAGAUGGGAAAUAG